AUGGUAAAGAUUAUUCCACCUGCAGGAUUUGCCAGUGCUUCACAGUGUUCCUAUUACUCCUUUAGUUAUUAUGGAUCAAAGUAUUGUUACCAAGGGUGCCGCAGUUCCUUCUCAAGUGACCCAUGUUGUCACUAUUAUAUUUAUUCCGAUUUUACACUAUCGGUUGGAGCAAUUGUCGGCAUAGUAAUUGGUGUGAUUGUAGCCAUAGCUACAAUUGUGACGAUUGCCGUAUGUUUGUGUUGUGCCUGCGCUAGAUCAAGACCAUCUACUCAAGGACAAGUUAUAACUGCAGCUCAACCAAAUAUUUCAUACGUUGCUACUUCCAAUCAAUCAGGUAUGCAAGGGGUUAGUCAGCAAUAUGGUUUCCAUGACAACAGUGGAUUUGUCCAACCACCAGCAUAUAAUCAUAAAGUCAUGCCAGCUGGCCAUCAUGCUAGUUAAUUAUUCACGAAUAGUAUACUAGCGGUUUAUC